AUGGAGAAGGCUGAGGCACUGAAUGACUUUUUCGCCUCAGACUUCACUGUCAAGGGCUCUAACCAGAGCACCCAAGUUGCAGAAGGCAAAAACAGUGGCUAUGAGAAUGAAGAAACAACCAAUGUAGGAGAAGAUCAGGCCCGGCGCUCCCUGGAGCCCUUCUCCGCCAUGGAGCUGGAGGAUGACUUCGGUGAGAUUUGGUUCAGCCUGACGGUGCUCCUGAGGGCACUGCUGGGUGUGUCGUCCUCCCACCGAUGCUCUAACACAGCUGGAAAAGCAGUGCUGGCCUCGUUCACUUUGCAUGUUUUGGACCCAGAGAGAUUAAUACAAUGCCCAUAUAAUAAGCACCAUCGAAUCAGAGCCGGGCGGUUUCCCUAUCACCUUGUAAAGUGUAGGAAGAGCUACCCUGAAGUUGCAAAGGAAUUGGCCACAUGCCCCUUCAACGCCCGCCAUCUCGUUCCUCGAGCUGACCUCAGCGAUCACAUAAUGAAGUGCAGUGACAAAGGGAUCCUUGAGCAAGACAUAGUGAAUCAGUCUUCUGGCUUCCAGAGAGAGCAGAUGAAUGCUGUGAGCACGUGGGAGGCACCUCCAUGUGAGGAAGACUGGGAAACAGAGUUGUUGGAGCAGUCAGAUUCUCCUUUUAUUUGGGGCAUGACCAAUUCUGGCAUAAACAGUUCCAGCACCACCUUUGAACAGAAGAAUUGCCUCCCUUCGAGAGUUCGUGCCCCUGAGUCCUUCCCGUACGCCGUGCCAUGGAAAGACUGUAAGUACUGUGUGUGUGGCUGUGGCACUGUGACUUCUGCAGCUGGUGGCAGCUGCUGAAACCUCUGGCCACUGCUGCAGGGACAGAGAGAGAGUUUAUAACACCUGCCUCCUUCACAGCACCUUCUGAGGGACUCGGAUGCUUGGAUUAUCCUCUGCAUCCUUGCUUUGAAGCAUCCUCUGUAUUCUUUAUUUCAUAUUCUUAGCAGGUCCUUCUUCACAGUGGUCUAACUUUAGCAGCCUGGUCCCCAGUCACUUGGGCUCUGUCUCUCUAAACAAGUCCUUCUACACCAUCCUCAACAACCCCUUUCACCACCACCACCUUAAACCAAGUGAUCUCCUUGCUUUGUGCGUCUCUGCUCGCUGCCGGAUGGAGCUAAAUCAGAGCAGGGGUAAAACUGGGGCUGCUGAAACCAGCACUUUGGGGGAAAAACCUAUCAAACUACACCUGGAGGUGGGAGGGAGCUUCCCCUGUUGAAGCAUCUGAUGCUGAAACCAGACCAUCGUUUGCCAGCAGCAGCAAAGCAGAAGUUUAAAGGUGGUUUGAGGAAUGACCAUCCUGUUUCCCCGCUCAGAGCAGCUAAACCUGGUCCUCCAGGGCUUUGUGGGAAUGAAUCCUGCACA